UUUUACUCUAACCUAAAAAGAAUUCACGCCAAAGUUUCUUUCGUGAAUUUAACGUAUAUUGAUAAUUUGUGUAAUUAUAUUUUAGUGAAAGACACAUCGCUACAAUGGCAAUGCAAGUUCCUGCAAAUAUGGAUCCAGAGCAGGCAAUGAAUAUUAAAUCUGUUAAAGAUUUCGUGGCAUCAUAUAAUAAAUUAAUAGAAGCUUGUUUUCUUGACUGCAUAAACGAGUUUACUACAAGAGAAGUCAAAGCAAAAGAAGAAACCUGUGCCCUGAAUUGUAUGGAAAAAUAUCUGAAGAUGAACCAAAGAAUAUCACAACGUUUUGAAGAAUUUCAAAUGCUUGCUAAUGAAAACAUACUUGCAGCUCAGAAAAAGAUAGAGGGUGCAAAAGCUUAAAAAAUUAAUUCAAUAAAUUAUUUUUAAUAUUUUAUAAUUUUUCCUUCAUUUAAUUACUGUAAGAAUAAAAUAUAAGGAUAUUAAUGCAAGUAAAAAGAAGCAUAGUAAUAAAAGAUCAAUAGAAUCCUUACGAUACAUAAUGUAGUACAUGAUGUAAGAAGUAAAAAAUAAAAUUAUUAAAAUAAUUGACA